AUUGCUCUCUUGACAGCUGCUCGACAGCAAGGGAACGGUUAUGGCAAGGAGAGCAGCGCCUACAAGGAGCAACCUAGGGGCACCUAAAGGACUCAUCAUCCUGACUACUUGCGGUAGUCAACGUGGCAAGCGCCUCCAGAAGGGGACGUUCGACAACGCCGACACGUCGACAGCGCAGCCGAUCGAGGGGCCGCUCGCGCUCCAGGGGGCGCUCCCGCUCCCAAGUGCGGAUUCAAGAGGGGGCCUACCUGGGCGGACCGGGCCAAGCCAAAGCCGAAACCACAAUCAAAGGUACCUGGGCACCCUGGGCGGCCGCGCGGACACGGUGUGCGAUUCGGCGCCGCUCCAAGGGCGCGUCCAGCGGCAGCUGUGCCGCCAACAGCCGGGCACCGUGGCAGCUGUGGCGGUGGGCGCACGGCUGGCUCUCGCCCACUGCCAGCGGCUGUUCCGCCACGAGCCGUGGAACUGCUCGCAGCACAGCUUCGCACACACGCUGCGCCGAGGCAGCCCCGAGACGGCGUUUCUGUACGCGCUGCACAGCGCCGGCGUGGCACACACGGUGGCCCGUGCCUGCGCCACUGGCCAGCUGAAGGAGUGCGCCUGCGGCUCGACCGCCGCCGCUCGUGGAGCCUGGCGCUGGGGUGGCUGCUCCGACGACGUCCAGGCGGGCCUCCGCGUGUCGCGUCAGCUCGGCCGAGCGGCGGAGCGUUCCUCGAGGAGCACCGAGCCCCUGCGACAGGCGGCCAACCUGCACAACCUACGCGCUGGCAGGAUCGCGCUGGCCUCCAGGGUGCGACUGCGUUGCCGCUGCCACGGCGUGUCGGGCUCGUGCGGCCUGCGGUCGUGCUGGCGCACGCUGGCGCCGCUGGCGUCGGUGGGGCGGCUGCUGCGCGGCCGCUACCGGCGCUCGGUGCGGCUGCGGCGGCCGGGCGACCCGCGGCCGCGUCCCUCGGACCUGGUGCACGUGCGGCCGUCGCCGGACUUCUGCCGGCCGGAGCCCGGCGUGCCCGGCAGCCGGGGCCGGCCCUGCGCCGAGCCGGCCUCGUGCGGCCGCCUCUGCUGCGGCCGCGGCUUCGAGACGCGCACCCUGCGUCGGCUGCAGCGCUGCCGCUGCCGCUUCCACUGGUGCUGCUACGUGACCUGCGACACCUGCGAGACCCGGGUGCAGCUGCACGCGUGCCGCUGACCCUGGCGGCGCUUCUUUCUUAACCCCGCUGUAGGACACUUUCAAGCGGCACAGGCAGACCUGUCACGCCAGCAGGCUGGUUCAAUCUGCUUGGAAAUUCAUUAAUAAUUUUAAAUAGCAAAUAAAUAAUAGGCCGAAA